UUAUGAGAUGGAUGGGCCUACAAAUAACUGCUAAACCGACUAGAAUGAGUCCAAUCGAGUGGUUAGACUACUGUACCCAUUGGACAUUUUCAAACAUCUAGCAAUGUACAGACAAGAAACAAGCGCGUGACAAAGAUAUUGGAUAUUGGAAAUGGGUCGUUUGUAUGGGUUCGUUGCAUUAUAUGCAUUAUAACCAACGCCUUUUAGCCGAUCUUCUUAUCCCUUUUUUAAAUGACCUAUAAGACUUACAAAUGACAUUCUAGACAUGCUUAAGUCGUGAUCGAUGUAAAAGUUCACCAUUUUAGCGUAGAACAUCAUUUCAUGCAGUCACAACUGAUACGUACAUGUCUUAUUUCAAUCACCGUAAUAUAGCAUUUAUGGAUCUAUAACUGUACAGUUUGACGAAAUUACUGAAAACAACUAUUACCUCAAACAUUCCUUGUUUUCAAUACUCUGUGGGGACUUUUGAACCCAUACAAAUUGUUAAAGUAUGUUUCAUUUGUGAAUGGAUCAUGUAUCGUUAAUUAUUCAACAACUGUCAAUUUUGAUUGGUGUUCUGUGUUUUAAUAUCCCUCUGAACUAUCAAUUACGUUGUAACUUAUCACUUGCAAUUUUUAUCAUUUUAUUUAUAGAAACAUGCUUCAGAAACAUUCCAAUCCACCUCUUGGUUUAGAACGGAUUCAUCGAUAUUUUUGUUACGUUUGUGGAACUCUUCUUCCACACAAGUUGGAAGUUCAUGAUUUAUUAGUAUGCCGAAAAUGUAAAACAUCUACGUGUAUGCAUUGGUUCAGUAAUAUGGAUGCAACUUUCAAUACUGAAGCUAAAUCUGGCAAAAUAAACCAAUUUAAUGAUGAUGAGUAUGAAUCCACAUCUUUAUUCUUUCCAUCAAUGAUUAGAGGGGCUAAAAAGAUCUUAAGAUCAGAAAUUGCUUUAAAGGAGGCUUUGGAGUCACAAUUUGAAAACGGUACAUCACAACCAACAUUUGAUGGACCAACUAUUAGAAAAGAAUGUGCUUAUUGCGGCAAUGAUAGAAUGACUUAUGUUACACUUCAAACUCGUUCAGCAGAUGAAGGACAAACUGUAAUAUAUACUUGUACCCAAUGUUCUAAAAAAGAAAUUGAAAAUACUUGAUUAAGUGUUUUGAUUUUACCCAUUAGUAUUCAUA